CAGCAGCGGCAACAACAGCUGCAACGGCAGCAACAGCCAGCAGCAGGAAAAUGGCAACAGCAACAGCAGCAACAUUGAUCCGCUGUUCAACUAUCGCGAUGAAUCGAAUGACACCAGCUGCUCGCAGCAUCUGCACUCGCCUAAGACGCCCGAGGACAGCAGUCUGCCGUCACUGUGCAGCCCGAACUCGCUGUCGCAGGAGGACGACUUCACGUUCGUUGACUUUGGCAUGCGCGCUCCUUAUAUACCCAUGGGCGAUGAUAUGCCGCUGCUGACCGAGAGCGAUCUCAUGUGGUGUCCGGCGGAUGAUUUGCCGCCCAUAGUGCCCAAGGAUGUGGACAGCAUGCAGCAGCACUUGCAGCAGUUGCACCAGCAACAGCAGCAGCAGCAAUAUAACAGCUACCAGCAACCGUUGCAACAGCAAUCGCAGCAGCAGCAACAUUUUUCCAGUUCGCUGUGCUCCUCGCCUGCCUCCACAGCGUCGUCGCUGUCGCCAUCGCCCGUGCAGCAGCAACAGCAUCAACAGCAGCAGCAGCAGCAGCAACAACAACAGCAACAACAGCAGCAGCAACACUCAAAUGUCUACACCACCGGCUCCAGCGAGCUGGCAGCCUUGCUCUGCGGCACCGGCAAUGGCACGCUCUCGAUUUUGGGCAAUGUCUCUGGCGAGGAUCGGCUGCAGCAGAAUGAGCAGGACUUGCGCAGUUUCCAGCAAAUGCAGCCGGCGUUGCAGCUGGAGGAGGAGGAGCAACUCGAACGCGAGCAGCCGACAUAUUUCCAGCAGCAAAUGUUGCUGAGCAUUGGCAGGCAGUGCAAGAAGGAGAAGUUCGAUGUCUCAUUGUCCAGCAGCCUAUGUACCUCGAUAGAGGAUGCAUUUCACAACGAUUACAGCAAAGAUUCCACCAAUUUGGAUUGCUGGAGCGAUUUGUUGCAAAUGAAUGUGGCUGUGCCCAACAGCAGUCCCGCGGUUUCUCCAGCACCCAACAAAGUGGCAACGUUGCCGCUAUUACAACAACAGCAGCAGCAGCAGCAGCAACAGUUGCCACAGCAACAGCAGCAGCAGCAGAAUAUCAUAUUGAAUGCCGUGCCAUUGAUAACCAUUCAAAACAAUGCAACAAUGUUGCAGCAGCAGCUGCAACAGCAGCAGCAAUCGGAGGAGGAGUUGCAGGAGUUGAUGCUGCCCAGCAAGCAGCCUGCCAAGAGGCUAUUGAAUGGCACCAAGGCAACCAUACGCCUGGUGGAAAGCAAAAUUACGCCAGCAACAAGGGCAACUCUGGUGCAAACGCUGUCGCCACAGCAACAUCAGCAGCAGCAGCAGCAGCAGCAACAACAUGGCAAUAAGCGUCAUUUGAAUAGCCAAUCAGCAGCUGGCAAUGUUGUGGAGUCGAAGCGUCUGAAGAGCGGAACACUCACUCUGGAAGUGCAAUCGCCACAGCUGCUGCAGCAGCUGAUGGGCAAGGAGCAACAGCAACAGCAACAGCAGCAGCAGCAACAGCAGGCAAACAAGCGACACGCAAGCGAACGCUGGUCUACAGCAGCUGAUGCCAAGCAACAGAAGCAACAGCAGCAACAGCAACAACAUCAUCAACAGCAGCAGCAGCAACAGUCGAAUUCUGUGCUAAAGAAUCUGUUGGUUAGCGGACGUGAUUCAAAUAAUAAUGAAGACGCAGCCGUGCCCAUGAUCAUCGACGACAACUCUCUGGACCAGGUGGUGGCACCCACUCUCGUAUCGGCCAACGCCUUCAAGUACUCGAUGCCGCUGCACUGCCACACGGCAACUGCCUCGGUGCUGCGCAACUAUCGCCACAAUCCGCUGAUCAGCGGCACCAAUUUGCAGCUGUCGCCGGUCUUUAGCAGCAGCGAGGCAGCCAGCCCUUUGGCUGGCGAUGGCGAUGCCAGCUCUGUGGCCUCCUUAGAUGAUUCCAUGCCGCCGGGCUUGACCGCCUGCGACACGGAUGCCUCCAGUGACAGCAGCUUCGAUGAGAACAGCCUGGCCGACUCGAGCUCGCCCCAAAUGCAGCUGCGCGCCGAGCAAAUGGAUGUGGCAUCGGUGCCCGAGGCUCCGCCUCCACAGCUGUGCGACGCAGAGGAGGAGGACAGCCAGCCGUUGAGGAGCAAUGCGACCAGCCGCAAGUCAUCAAUAUCGUUCAUAGACAGCAGCAAUCCGCUGCUGCGCACACCCUACCUGAUGGACCUGUGCAACGACGACUACAACAUGACCGAGGAGAGCAGCUUCGAGCUUGACGGUGUGCUGGAUUAUCUCCAGAUACCCUAAGCGCCUGUGCAGCUAUCACGGUAGACAGGCAGGCAGGCAUUGCAUUUGUUUUUUACGUAGGCUUUUCUUUUUUUUCUUUUUGGGUUUCGUUUAGUUUGGCAUUUAAAGAAGUGAAAUCAAAACAUAAAUAAAAGAUUGAAUUUUGAGCCUUACGUAAAAUUAGAAAUUAAAAAAAUAAAAAUAACAAAAAGCCAACGACCACGCCCACACUCACGCACUCACACACGCAUACACUGACAACAAUGGAAAAGAAAAAGAAAAAAAAAACAGGAAGGGUUCAACAUAUUUUGAAUAGUUUUGUAGCAACUUUAACUGCCAAGAACAGAUGAAUAAAUAUAUGAUUCUACAUGUAACAAAAAAGUUGAGAAGAAAAAGAAAAGACCCAAAAGAAAAA